AUGGAAGAGAGCAAGAUGUUGGUGAAGUCUGACCUUGAAUCUUUUGAUAUUCAUUCGUCUCAUUCAUCUCCUAGCGCUGAUAGUACUAAUAAAAGCUUUGUGUCUUUUAAGAAGGAGGGUUGCAAAUCACCUUUAUCAUCGUGGGGUUCCAGACGUGAAAGUGGAAAAUGUUUCAGCCUCUCGGGAGAAUUGGACUAUCUUGAAGAGAUUAUCAAAUUGAAGGAUCAAGUUGAGAAUAGUGAAAACCAGGUUGAUGAUUUGUGGGGAGAAUUGAAGUGGAAGGAGGAAGAGUUGCAUAAUCUGAAAGAGUUUUCUGAAAUAGAGAUUUACAAAUUGAAGGCUCAAAUUGAGGAAAGUGAGGCCAAAAAACAUGAUCACGAAAUUUCAAAAUUGGUGAAACAGCUAGAGAUAGCUAAUGAAAAGCUCAAGAAAUCAGAAGAUGAAAAUACAAUUUUAAGGAAGGAACUUGAGAAUAAGUCAUGUGAGAAUCAUGAAUUGCAUGGUCAUCUUAUAGAGGCAAAAGAAAAUAUGGUUGAAUCAGAUUUGGAGUUAGUUUCAGGGAGAAAGCAUAUUCAAAUACUAGAAAACUUGGUUAUAAUAUAUGAGCAAGAGGUGCAAAAAUUGGAAUCUAAAAUGCUUGAUUCACAGGAUAACUUUUCUUUGGAGAAAGAUGAGUUGCAUUUUGCUAUUGCAAGUUUGUUGAAAAAGAAAAUAGAACUGACCUCUACAUUGGCCAAUUGUGUGUUUAGAAACAAAGAAUUGGAAAACAAGUUAAGGCAAUAUGAAGCUGAAAAGUUGAAGCAAGAAGAGCUACAUGCUACUCAACAAGUAGUUUUGCAAAAUGAAAACAAUUAUUUGUGGGAAGAACUUGGCAAGAGAACAGAAGAUAUAGAAGCUGUGACUAAGGAGCUGUAUAUGGUAAUGAUUGAAAGAGAUGAAGCCAAUGUCAAGAUUGAUAGGCUUGAGGCUGAGAUAUGCACCCUCAUAUGUGAAAUAUGA